CCGAGAGGUCGCUGGGGCUGGGGGGCGGGCCGGCUCGCGGGUAGUCCGCGUCCCCGCCCCGGGCCCGCCGGGUCCCGGGCCGGAUGGGCUGCACCGUGAGCCUGGUGUGCUGCGAGGCGCUCGAGCCUCUGCCCUCCUGCGGCCCGCAGCCCCCCGGGACUCCGCCGGGCCCCGCGCGGCCCGAGCGCUGUGAGCCCGGGGGUGCGGCGCCCGACCCGAGGAGGCGGCUGCUGCUUCAGCCAGAAGACCUGGAGGCCCCCAAGACCCACCACUUCAAGGUGAAGGCCUUCAAGAAGGUGAAGCCCUGUGGCAUCUGCCGGCAGGCCAUCACUCGGGAAGGCUGUGUUUGCAAAGUCUGCAGCUUCUCCUGUCAUCGGAAAUGCCAGGCCAAGGUGGCUGCCCCUUGCGUUCCUCCGUCCAGCCAUGAACUGGUGCCCAUCACCACAGAGACCGUACCCAAGAAUGUAGUAGAUGUGGGGGAAGGAGACUGCCGGGUUGGAAGUUCUCCGAAAAACCUGGAGGAGGGCGGCUCCAUGAGAGUUUCUCCAAGCAUACAGCCACAACCACAAUCACAGCCUACCAGUCUCUCUAGAAACACGAGUGUGAGCCGAGCCAUGGAAGACAGUUGUGAGCUGGACCUGGUGUAUGUCACCGAACGCAUCAUCGCCGUGUCCUUCCCUAGCACAGCCAAUGAGGAGAACUUCCGCAGCAACCUCCGUGAAGUGGCUCAGAUGUUGAAGUCCAAGCAUGGGGGCAACUACCUGCUAUUCAACCUCUCUGAACAGAGGCCUGACAUCACCAAGCUGCAUGCUAAGGUCCUGGAAUUCGGCUGGCCUGACCUGCACACACCGGCCCUGGAGAAGAUAUGCAGUGUCUGUAAGGCCAUGGACACCUGGCUCAAUGCAGACCCCCACAAUGUCGUUGUUCUCCACAACAAGGGAAACCGAGGCAGGAUUGGGGUUGUCAUUGCAGCGUAUCUGCACUACAGCAACAUUUCAGCCAGUGCUGACCAGGCUCUGGACCGGUUUGCAAUGAAGAGAUUCUAUGAGGACAAGAUCGUGCCCAUUGGCCAGCCAUCCCAGAGGAGAUAUGUGCACUACUUCAGUGGCCUACUCUCUGGCUCCAUCAAAAUGAACAACAAGCCUUUGUUUCUGCAUCAUGUGAUCAUGCACGGCAUCCCCAACUUUGAGUCUAAAGGAGGGUGCCGGCCCUUUCUCCGCAUCUACCAAGCCAUGCAACCUGUGUACACAUCUGGCAUUUACAACAUCCCUGGAGACAGCCAGGCCAGCAUCUGUAUCACCAUUGAACCAGGGCUGCUCUUGAAGGGAGACAUCUUGCUGAAGUGUUAUCAUAAGAAAUUCCGGAGCCCGGCUCGAGACGUCAUCUUCCGAGUGCAGUUCCACACCUGUGCCAUCCAUGACUUGGGGGUUGUUUUUGGGAAGGAAGAUCUGGAUGAGGCCUUCAAAGAUGAUCGAUUUCCUGACUAUGGCAAAGUGGAGUUUGUCUUUUCCUAUGGACCAGAGAAAAUUCAAGGCAUGGAACACCUGGAGAAUGGGCCCAGCGUAUCUGUAGACUAUAACACUUCUGACCCCCUCAUCCGCUGGGACUCCUAUGACAACUUCAGUGGGCAUCGUGAGGAUGGCAUGGAAGGUUUAAAAGUGGUGGGACACACCCAAGGGCCGCUGGAUGGGAGCCUGUACGCCAAGGUGAAGAAGAAGGAUUCCCUGAAUGGCAGUUCGGGGCCUGUCACUACUGCACGGCCUGCCCUGUCAGCCACUCCCAACCACGUGGAACACACCCUGUCUGUGAGCAGCGACUCUGGCAACUCCACAGCCUCCACUAAGACAGACAAGACCGAUGAGCCAGUCUCUGGGGCUACCACUGCCCCUGCUGCCCUGAGUCCUCAGGAGAAGAAAGAGCUGGACCGCCUACUAAGUGGCUUUGGUGUGGAUAGAGAAAAGCAAGGCGCCAUGUACCGGGCUCAGCAACUCAGAUCCCAUCCAGGCGGGGGCCCGACUGUGCCCUCCCCUGGCCGCCACAUUGUCCCAGCCCAGGUUCACGUCAAUGGUGGGGCCCUGGCAUCUGAGCGGGAGACAGACAUUCUAGAUGAUGAGCUGCCCAUCCAGGACGGGCAGAGUGGGGGCAGCAUGGGAACGCUGUCCUCCCUGGAUGGGGUCACCAACACCAGUGAAAGUGGCUACCCAGAGACCCUGUCCCCACUGACCAAUGGCCUGGACAAACCCUAUUCCACAGAACCUGUGCUCAACGGCGGAGGCUACCCCUAUGAGGCUGCCAACCGGGUGAUUCCUGUCCACAGCAGUCACUCGGCCCCCAUUCGACCCUCCUACUCUGCUCAGGAGGGUUUAGCUGGCUACCAGCGUGAGGGACCCCACCCAGCCUGGUCACAGCAAGUGACCAGUGCCCACUGUGGCUGUGACCCCAGUGGUCUAUUCAGAUCCCAGUCCUUUCCAGAUGUGGAGCCCCAGCUGCCCCAAGCUCCAACCCGUGGGGGUAGUAGCCGAGAGGCUGUGCAGAGGGGUCUGAAUUCAUGGCAACAGCAGCAGCCCCACCCACCUCCCCGCCAGCAGGAGAGAUCCCCACUGCAGAGUCUUGCCCGCAGCAAGCCUAGCCCCCAGCUGUCAGCAGAGACCCCCGUAGCUGCUCUCCCAGAGUUCCCAAGGGCAGCGUCCCAGCAGGAGAUCGAGCAGUCCAUCGAAACCCUCAAUAUGUUGAUGCUGGACCUGGAGCCAGCCUCCGCAGCUGCCCCUCUUCAUAAGUCCCAGAGUGUCCCUGGGGCCUGGCCAGGGGCUUCUCCACUCUCUUCCCAGCCCCUCUUGGGGUCUUCCCGCCAGUCCCACCCACUUACCCAGUCCCGAUCUGGCUAUAUCCCCAGUGGGCAUUCUCUGGGAACCCCGGAGCUGGUCUCUUCUGGCAGGCCUUAUUCACCUUACGAUUAUCAGCUGCAUCCAGCUGGAUCCAACCAGAGUUUCCAUCCAAAAAGUCCAGCCUCUUCCACCUUCCUUCCAAGCCCUCAUAGCUCUGCGGGGCCUCAGGAGCCCCCAGCCUCUCUCCCUGGUCUCAUCGCUCAGCCCCAGCUCCCACCAAAGGAAACUACAUCAGAUCCCUCCCGAACUCCAGAGGAAGAGCCGCUGAACCUGGAAGGGCUGGUAGCCCAUCGGGUAGCAGUGUACAAUGCCAGACUACAGAGCCUGAGGCAGAGCCGCGGCUUCCAACCCUCUCCCCACUGGCGCCGAUCUGCCUCCCUCUCUGGGGUUCAGGCUCGGGAGAGGCAGCCUGCAGAGCCCCCAGGCCCACUCCGGAGGCGGGCAGCCAGUGAUGGACAGUAUGAAAACCAGUCUCCGGAGGCCACAUCCCCCCGUAGUCCUGGGGUCCGCUCCCCCGUCCAGUGCGUCUCCCCUGAGCUGGCUCUUACCAUUGCCCUCAAUCCUGGAGGGCGCCCCAAAGAGCCUCAUUUGCAUAGCUACAAGGAGGCCUUUGAGGAGAUGGAGGGGACCUCCCCAAGCAGCCCGCCACACAGUGUGGCGCGCUCUCCUCCAGGUCUGGCCAAGACACCCCUGUCUGCUCUGGGCCUGAAACCCCACAACCCAGCAGACAUCUUGCUGCACCCCACAGGUGUUGCCAGAAGACUGAUCCAGCCAGAGGAAGACGAGGGGGAGGAGGUGACUAAGCCUCCAGAAGAGCCCCGGAGCUAUGUGGAGUCCGUGGCGAGGACAGCGGUGGCAGGGCCUCGAGCUCAGGACGUUGAGCCUAAGAGCUUCAGCGCACCAGCUGCUCACGCCUAUGGGCACGAGACACCCCUGAGGAACGGGACCCCAGGGGGCUCCUUUGUCUCCCCGAGCCCCCUCUCCACAAGCAGCCCCAUCCUCAGUGCUGACAGCACUUCCGUGGGCAGUUUCCCAUCAGUGGUGAGCAGUGACCAGGGUCCCCGGACACCCUUCCAGCCUAUGCUGGACUCCAGCAUCCGCUCAGGCAGCUUGGGGCAGCCGAGCCCUGCAGCACUGAGUUAUCAGAGCUCCUCGCCUGUCCCUGUUGGUGGCAGCAGCUACAACAGCCCUGACUACUCCCUCCAACCAUUCAGCUCUUCUCCAGAAAGCCAAGGCCAGCCACAGUACAGUGCGGCCAGUGUCCACAUGGUACCUGGGAGCCCUCAGGCACGACACAGGACAGUGGGUACCAACACUCCACCUAGCCCUGGUUUUGGCCGGCGGGCCGUCAACCCCACCAUGGCUGCCCCUGGUAGUCCCAGUUUGAGCCAUCGGCAGGUGAUGGGUCCAUCUGGUCCAGGUUUCCAUGGUAACGUGGUUUCUGGCCACCCAGCCAGUGCAGCUACCACUCCUGGAAGCCCCAGCCUGGGCCGGCACCCAGUGGGAAGCCAUCAAGUUCCAGGCCUCCACAGCAGUGUGGUCACCACUCCGGGAAGCCCAAGCCUGGGCCGACACCCUGGUGCCCACCAAGGGAAUCUGGCCUCCAGUCUCCACAGCAAUGCAGUCAUCAGCCCUGGGAGCCCAAGCUUGGGCCGGCACCUGGGUGGGUCUGGAUCCGUGGUUCCUGGAAGCCCCAGCUUGGACCGGCAUGCAGCUUAUGGUGGCUACUCUACCCCUGAGGACCGAAGACCAACACUGUCCCGGCAAAGCAGUGCCUCUGGCUACCAGGCCCCAUCCACACCGUCAUUCCCUGUCUCUCCUGCCUACUACCCUGGCCUGAGCAGCCCUGCCACCUCACCCUCGCCAGACUCAGCAGCCUUCCGGCAGGGGAGCCCCACACCAGCCUUACCAGAGAAGCGAAGAAUGUCAGUGGGAGACCGGGCAGGCAGCCUCCCCAACUAUGCCACCAUCAAUGGGAAAGUGUCUUCCUCGCCUGUCGCCAAUGGCAUGGCCAGUGGGAGCAGCACCGUCUCCUUCUCUCACACGCUUCCGGACUUUUCUAAGUAUUCGAUGCCAGACAAUAGUCCGGAGACUCGGGCUAAAGUGAAGUUUGUCCAGGACACUUCCAAGUAUUGGUACAAGCCUGAGAUCUCCAGAGAACAGGCCAUCGCACUCCUAAAGGACCAGGAGCCAGGAGCCUUCAUCAUCCGGGACAGCCACUCCUUCCGAGGGGCUUAUGGGCUGGCCAUGAAGGUGUCCUCACCCCCUCCAACCAUCACUCAGCAGGGCAAGAAAGGAGACAUGACCCAUGAGCUGGUGAGGCACUUUCUGAUCGAGACAGGCCCUAGAGGAGUGAAGCUCAAGGGUUGUCCCAAUGAGCCAAACUUUGGUUCCCUUUCUGCCCUGGUCUAUCAGCACUCCGUCAUCCCACUGGCCCUGCCCUGUAAACUGGUCAUUCCAAGCCGAGACCCCACAGAUGAAUCAAAAGAUAGCUCAGGCCCUGCCAACUCAACCACUGACCUGCUGAAGCAAGGAGCAGCUUGCAAUGUGCUCUUCGUCAACUCUGUGGAUAUGGAGUCACUCACCGGGCCACAGGCCAUUUCCAAAGCCACAUCUGAGACUCUGGCUGCCGACCCCACACCGGCUGCCACCAUUGUUCACUUCAAGGUCUCUGCCCAAGGAAUCACACUGACUGACAAUCAAAGAAAGCUCUUCUUUAGAAGACACUACCCCCUCAACACUGUCACCUUCUGUGACCUGGAUCCACAAGAAAGAAAGUGGAUGAAGACAGAGGGAGGCGCCCCUGCUAAGCUCUUUGGCUUCGUGGCCCGGAAGCAGGGCAGCACCACAGACAACGCUUGCCACCUCUUCGCAGAGCUUGACCCCAACCAGCCUGCGUCUGCCAUCGUCAACUUCGUCUCCAAGGUCAUGCUGAGUGCUGGCCAGAAGAGAUGAACGAAAUCGGGAGCCCUCGCCCAAGGCUAGGGCAUCGGGGAUGGGGUGUGUGGGGAGGGGACCUGUGAAUCCUGACCACCUUGAAUCCAGAACCAGGACUUUGGGUCGCCCGUGGAGAAGGAAAGAAGAAAGUGCAAUGUUGGGAGAGGAAAGUGAAUGGCGGAGGGGGGAGGCAAGCAAGCGGGAGGAAGAGGAAGGAAGGAAGAAGAGAGGCACUCAGAAUCCCCUGUAUGGAUGGAAGCCACACCCCCAAAGCCUCUCCAGCUAGCUGGGGCUCCUCCCCCUUCUGAGAGACUUGCGCUCCCGCAGGGAACACACAGGCCUCCUUGGGGGCGGGGGACCAUAUUUCACAGAGCAAUGGAAAAGCUCCCUCUCCCCAACCCUCCUGCUCUGAGAGAAGAAAUCGAACUGAGGCUUCUUCUCUGGAGGUAAGGUUGCUGGUGGCCAGCGUAUGACAUCAAGCAGUGACAGUUUUUCACAUUUUGCUCACCCGGGGCACCCGUGGUCUGUGCUUGCUCUGACUCCUUGUUGCAGGGCAUAAAUGUGCCCCCCCCUCCACGCGCUGAUCGAUACUCUGCCUGUGUCCACUCAACUCAGAUUACAAACAGCUCUCUCUGCUUGUCUGUGUCCCUUGUGAUACACUUAAACACACUGUCCAAAGAAGGCUAGGGAGGGUUGGUUACAGGGUGGCAGGGUCCCAGGUCGGAUGACAAGCUGUCUCCUGCGGAAGUGUAGCUUGUGGGUAUAGAGUUCUGUCUGCACCUGCCCUCUAGUGACCCUGGGCCUGUCCUCUGUAGAGACUCUGGUACAGAGGGCAUGGGCACCUGCAGCAUUAUAGCUGUUCUGUCUCCUGGAGACCAAAGCUGGCUUGGAGGAAAAAAUGAUGCCCACAGUCUUGGGAAAAAUACCUGCUGGGAAGGAUGGCAUCUUUUCUGCGCGGUGGGGCUCCCGGAGAACUGGGCAUGCGCAUUGUGCCGUGGGGCUUAGGAUGAGUUGGACACGCGCACUGACAAUGCCUAGGACUGCCUUACUCCCUUCCCUCAGGCCAGUUCCUGGGCCAGCACUAGCCUUGAAUUUGCUCAUCCGCUUGAAACCUACUGGGGGAUGGGGCCCGUGCCUUUCUGACCUACCCUGUCCUAUAUGGUCCUCGUGUUGGCUUAUCCCAGGAGCCUACUUCCCAGAGUCCUGCCUAGGGCACCCGGGGAAGCCCGUCCCCACUUCCCCACUCUGUAAGUGUUUUGGAGUCUGACUAUUGCAGACACCCUCUGGCUGGGCUGCUCAGGGUGACAUCAUAGCACCUCUGGGAAUGCUGCCGAAGAACCCCAUGGUCCUCCCACAAUACCAAAGCUUCCCUGUUUCCCCUUCUGCCUCCGUUUCCCCAGCAGGACCACACUGCCUGUGGGACAAAGGACAGGAUGUAUGAAUUUAGGCCAAAGGUCCUAUGGUCCAUUUGCAGGGUUGGAAAGGCCCUUGCCAUCUCUUAGGCCUCCAUUUAAGCCCAUGGGGGCCCCUAGGGGUGGCAUUGUACUGAUAAAUAAAUAUAUAUAAUAUAUACAUGAGACAUACUGAUAGAAUCUGUAAGCUAAUAAAAAAUAUAAGAAAAAGGUUAAAAAAAAAAGAAUAGGUAAAUUGACAAGAAAUAUUUAUUGUUUUCCCUUAUUGCCUUAUUGUCCCUGGCCACAAACUGUUCAUCUCUUCUCUAAUGUGUAAGUGGAGCCUGAACUGCAGGGGCUCUUUAUAUUCCAAACAACCCAGGGUUAGCCUUGGCCUCGAUCCUGGCCUUGGCCUCCCUAGGCUAUAUCUGGGACUGGGGGGAUGACAUGCUCCCACUCUGGCUCCUUGUUCUCUGGCAAACCGUAGCGUGGCUGCCAGCAUCCUGUAGCGCGGAUAGCUGCUUCCAUGGCCACAGGCCUGAACCGGUGUGUAUUUGGGGAUCUGGAUGUGUAUGGCCACGGUGUGGCAGCUUUUGGAUUUUUUUCCUCCGGGGAGCAUUGACUGUGUGGACAUUGUUUGAGGAGCUAGAAAGAAGAUCGGCUGGGGAUCACGAGCCCCUACUUCCCAAAGAAUAAAUGGGCUUAGUGAUCAAGGUUCUUCAAGGGGUCUUUCUCCCUCUGAGAUAUUCAAGGCAAAUGUCUGGAUGUCGCAUUUCCUCACCCCCCACCUCAUGAAUCCUACUUCUCCCCAACAUAGAAGUAGACAUUUCUCAUCCCAUUCUUUGUAAAUGUCCACACCCUACCGCAAAGUCUGGGGAGUCUUCUGGCUGGAAUGCUGUUCACGUCUGCAUCCAGCCCUGGGAUCGGCCUUCGUGUAUGGUUUCACCUUCCCAUGCUGCACUCUUUCCUGAGCCAUGUGGGAGUCGUGUGAAUGACCAAGGCAGAUGCUAGCAAGUGGUGCUUCCUUCUCAGCACGUCUCUAGGAAGCAUGGACACCCGAGUGUGGCUUUUCUCAAAGAAAGGUGAAGAAGGGGCCUCAGUUCUUACAGUGGGGACCACACUGCUGCCUGCCCCCUUCCCAACUGUGAUUCUCACACACUCACAUGCGUGCACACACACACACACACACAGACCACACGUGCACACAGCACUCCAUAUGCAACUCUGUAUUCUUGCCAAAGAUUUCCUUUAAACAAGAGCACUUUUACCCAAUGGCUCUUUUGUGAAUGAUCUGUUUCGUUAUUGUUUAUUGUUGAGUCUGUAUAUCAACAGGGAGAGUGUUGUCUGCUCUUAAACAGGAAUGAAAGGGGGGAGGGGAGACAGGAGAGAACACGGAGACCAGUGAUGUCCUUAACAAGACCCCUCAGCUACAGCCCAGGUCCAAACUGCCUCUGGCCACUCAGAAGAUGAGGUUGGCUUGGCACUUCACUGUCCCUGAUAUCUGGAGGUGAGAUGGCAGAGAGGGGCACCAGUGGAGCCAGGAUUGGGGCCUAGGGAAGCCCCCAAUGGUUCUGGAGGCAGGGAUAAGUGUGAAGGGCUGGGCUAGGACAGGAUGGACAGGAAGGCUGGGAGAACUAACAGUUGGAUACUGAAGUUGCUACUGCGGACCUGUGGCUCCCUUGGCCAGCCAUGUUUUGGGAAAGAGUUCACAUCUUAGGUUUGAAAGGGAGCAUUUGAGUCUUCUCACUGACCUCUUCCUAGCAGCUUAGAUAGCCUCAGACAUGACUGCCAGGAUUCCUGAUAUGCCCUGGCUUUGGAGAGUCCCUAGGGAUGCCCACUCGGGGGUGUAGGGAAGACACUGGCUGUGCGUCCUUCUAGGAAGGGGCUUUCAGGAGAGAGAGUUCUUGUGCUGUCUGAGAAGUGCAGGGGAGACAAAUGAAUGCAGUGUCCAUCCAGCUCUGGGUUUUCUUUAUCCUGCCUCCCGAGACUUCUGACCCCCCUUUCCCAGCUUCAGAUCUUGGGGAGAUCCAUCCAAGGGGUUCAGCCCUCUCCUGCCUCCAUGCCUUGGGUCCCUGAAGAGCUUAGAACCCAAAGCUAGGGCCACCCCUGCACUUAGGCCUUGGCUGAAGAUCUUGAGACUGGUGUUUCCGUGGUCAUUGGUGACAGGAUGUGUGCGCUCGAGUGUGUAAGUGUGGGUGUGUGGGUGUGUGUGUGUGGUCUGCUCAUCUCUUUAGGGAACUUUGAGGUGGGCGGUGGCAUAUGGAGGGGUGUCAGGUUCUAUGUGACCCAGUAAUGAGAAGAGCUUGAAGGUGAGGCCUGAGGGGCCACAGAUGAGUCAUGUUUUAGUGCUGAUGACAGAGGGGCCGGUCGCAUGGGAUGAGGCUCGGUGGGCCUCUUGCUUGUUGUCUCCUGUCUCCUCAAAUGGCUGAAAACUUGGAGGGUCUCGGUUGUUUUCCAUGCCUGGCCCCUCACAGCAGCGAGGCCACUGAAGAGCAACACACCCAGUGUGUGUCAGUGUUCUCAGCCCAGCCCUCCCUGAGAACCCACAUUUGGCUCGUAUGUAUGUGAGCACGUUGGGGUGCGCAUAAGCUAUCACCAUCUUCUUCUCUUCUAUCAUCCAAAUCAAAUGUAAGAAGUCCCUCACAUCCGAUUAGCCCAACUCUGUCUCCCAGGCCCCCUGCUGGGAAACCCAUACCCAGCAUCCCUCCCCUGCCCUGGCCCUCGGCUGUGUAUUUAUAGAUGGAAAUAUACUUUAUAUUUUGUAUCAUUGUGCCUAUAGCCUCUGCCACCUUGUAUAAACCCUGAUGUAUGCUAAGUGUUCUGGAUAUGAAUGUAUGUACACUGAUGCUGCCCCCCUCUGUACAGCGGCUUGGCCUCUCACGAUCCAUUGUAUGGCUUUAUAAAUGAUAAAGUUACACAAACCCA